UUCGUUUUCCACAGGAUGGGGAGGGACGCGCGGCGCUGCCCUCGGGAACCGGCGCUCCGGUGAAGUAGGAGCCGCCGGCCGGCCGCCUGCACCGAGCCGUUCCGCGGCGCGGCCGCUCAGCCUCUGCCAUGGCCGGCUCCGGCGCGUGGCAGCGCCUCAAAUCCCUGCUGAGGAAGGAUGAUGCGCCGCUGUUUCUAAAUGACACCAGCGCCUUUGACUUCUCGGAUGAGGUGGGGGACGAGGGGCUGGCUCGCUUUAACAAACUUCGAGUGGUGGUGGCGGAGGACGAGCCCGAGCCCCCGGAAAGGCCUGUUAACGGGGCGCACCCGGCGCUCCAGGCCGACGACGAUUCCCUAUUGGACCAGGACUUACCUUUGACCAACAGUCAGCUGAGCUUGAAGGUGGACCCCUGUGACAACUGCAGCAAACAGAGAGAGUUACUGAAGCAGAGAAAGGUGAAAACCAGGUUGACCAUUGCUGCUGUUCUUUACUUGCUUUUCAUGAUUGGAGAACUUGUAGGUGGAUACAUUGCAAAUAGCCUAGCAAUCAUGACAGAUGCACUUCAUAUGUUAACUGACCUAAGUGCCAUCAUACUCACCCUGCUCGCUUUGUGGCUGUCUUCAAAAUCACCAACCAAAAGAUUCACCUUUGGAUUUCAUCGUUUAGAGGUUUUGUCGGCUAUGAUUAGUGUGCUGUUGGUGUAUAUAUUAAUGGGAUUCCUCUUAUAUGAAGCUGUGCAAAGAACUAUCCAUAUGAACUAUGAGAUAAACGGAGAUAUAAUGCUCAUCACUGCAGCUGUUGGAGUUGCAGUUAAUGUAAUAAUGGGUUUUCUGUUGAAUCAGUCUGGUCAUCAUCACUCCCAUUCCCAUUCCCUGCCUUCAAAUUCUCCUACCACAGGUUCUGGUAGACACAGCCAUGGGCAGGAUAGCCUGGCAGUUAGAGCUGCAUUUGUACAUGCCUUGGGAGAUUUGGUACAGAGUGUUGGUGUGCUAAUAGCUGCAUACAUCAUACGAUUCAAGCCAGAAUACAAGAUUGCUGAUCCCAUCUGUACAUAUGUAUUUUCAUUACUUGUGGCUUUUACAACAUUUCGCAUCAUAUGGGACACCGUAGUGAUAAUACUGGAAGGGGUACCAAGCCACUUGAACAUAGACUAUAUCAAGGAAGCCUUGAUGAAAAUAGAAGAUGUUUAUUCAGUGGACGAUUUAAAUAUCUGGUCUCUCACUUCAGGAAAAUCUACUGCCAUAGUUCACAUACAGCUAAUUCCUGGAAGUUCAUCUAAAUGGGAGGAAGUACAGUCCAAGGCAAAGCACUUGUUAUUGAACACGUUUGGCAUGUAUAAAUGCACCAUUCAACUUCAGAGUUACAGGCAAGAAGUGGACAGAACUUGCGCAAAUUGUCAGAGCUCCAGUCCCUAACCUUCUCUAUUUGGGGGACUACUGCCUUAUUUAUCCUGCAGUCACAGACUUGAGAGCAAUAAAUGCAAACCUAGAUGAGAAAGUGGAGUCCCUGACAGCUGUGUCCAUAUCAAGUACUAGUCUCUCAAAACAAUCACUCCAGCUUGACAGUGCCAGUCUCUGCUUAAUGGUAAAGUGAGACUUCAUGAUUUUUCACAUGAAGAUGUUUCCAAAACAUUGUUUACAGAAAGAGACAUGACUCUACAGAUACCUCAUAGAAGACAAUCCAAGACCCUGCUUCGUUAAUUUGACAGAGUAUAUAUCUUAAAGGAAGCAUCGACAAUUCAGUAUUUGCAUUUAAAAAUACUUUUUAAAGGCCAUUUUCUAUCAAGCCAGUGCUGGAAAACUGAUGUUUUUAAUUAUGUAAUCUUGACCCCCAGCUUCUGGAAUUGCUGCUCUCUUUUUACACAGAUUACUUCUCCACAGAUUUCAGAAAUUACUAGUAAUUAUCCAGAGAGUGGAAUGAGCAUGUAUUCCUAAGUGUUUCAGAAAUGUUUUAUUUCACAAGUCUUAAUGUUAUUGUUAUACUUUAUAAACAGCUUUUUCCAGAUAUAACAGGGUUUUAAAUCUCAAAGUUAAUGUUUGUGAUUAUUUGUAAAUCUUACAAGAACCAAAUCUUUACAUAUUGUGGUCACUGUCAUUAAAUUAUUUAGGAAAUAUUUUCAGUGUUCUGAAUGGCAGAAGAUAGUCUUAACUCAAAUUAUUCUAUAAUGAUUUAAAACAAAAUAAAAGAUCAAGGAUGGGGUGUGGAAUUUCAGAUUUGUCUUUCUAAAAUCACUUAUUGUUCAUAGAAUUGUCUUAAGAACAGCGGGAGUAGGACGACAAAACAAACACAAGGUCCUCUGUCCCAUUAAGAAUUACCAACAUUUUGCAGUUUGUUUAGUACCUUGGCUCCUGCCUCCAUGCAGAUAAUCUGUGUGCAUGUUUCAGAGUGAAACUCUAGAGGGCCAAGGUUCAAUUUUAAUAACCAGCUCUCACAUACAGAUUAACUACGUUAUUUCAGAGAGAAUUUCUGGUUUAUUAUGUAAGUUAAGGACUGUCUGUGGACUCCAGGAAUCCAAACUGAAGAAAUAAUUGUGAGGUUUUCCGAUAAUAUAAUAGCAGAAAUGCCCAAAAGUGAUGGGGGAGAUAUUAUUUUGGAAAAACAAAACAGUAAAGUUUUUUUUUUUUCUUAACCUCACAUGUAUACGUAUUUUAAAUCACUGGAAUCAGAAUGGAUAUUAAAUCUUCUGUAGGGAGGCUAAGCAUAAAAGUUUCCAAACUGAACAAAGACUAAUUGGUAAUGGUUAUGCUAAGGAAGCAGCUGUGAAUAUUCAUGUUUCACUGUGUUGCCACUGGUUUUGAGAUUAUCUUUGUGAACAAGAGGAGUCCCCUUUCAGUAGGGGCAAUUUCCUGUAACAAGAAUGGUUCUGGGCUCCGCAGAGAAUUAGAGUAGGGUAACGAUGUUCUCUACAAUCUAUGUUGUAAAUUGAAAUCCUAGGUAGUCAUUACUGAUGUCUUGUAGUAUAAAUUAAGAUUACAGAACAGAUUUUAUCUUCUAACCAAGUACCUUACUGCAAGUAAACCUAAGAAAACCUAGAUUUACCUAAAAGAUAAUUGGAAGUUGAUGGUAUCAAUAAAAAGGUUGGUGGUAUCUAAUGAAACCCAAUAGGUAGUUGUUGAAUUGAAUAGAACAUUUACUUUAUAGGAUUUUUAUUGUGAAUCAUUAGAAAUAGUGAUUUGAAUUUCUCUAAAAUUUCAGGAGAAAAUAAAUUAUUGCAAUCAUAGGCAACUAAGAAUAGGGAGAGACAUUCAGUGGACACCUGAGCAUUUAUGGACUUUGAGUAUCUAGUAAGAGGAAGAGAAAAAUAUGCAUUAUCUGCUAUUGAUUUUCCCAUAUCUAUGAGCCUAUUCCUUGUCAACUUUUCUGUAUCGUAUAUAGUUAUAUUUGGCUUUUCAUAUUGAGCUGUUCCUUAAAAAGUUACUUAUGAAAACAAUCUAAAAUCCAUUUGAGGAUUGAAAAGGAUCCUUUUGUAAAAUACAAAAACGCUGCAGACUUUUGUAAAUUGUAAUUAUCAUGUUCUGCUUAAAAUGAGAUUCAUAUAGUUUCCUUUGCUUUGCUUUUGUAGCACGAACUACAGAUUUUGUAUUUGUACUUCACUGGACCUACAGGAUUUGAGAACUGCUAGAUAUUUUUUGUAAACUGACAAAACACACAGAGAAGAAUAUUAACAGUAUUUAGAACCAUGGCCUGCACACCUUUUUUUUUUUUUUUAAGAUUUAUUUUAUGUAUUUGAAAGAUAGUUAUAGAGAGAAGUAGAGAGAGAGAGAGGUCUUGCAUCCACUGAUUCACUACCCAAAUGGCCACAGCCACAGCCAAUCCGAAGCCAGGAGCCAAGAGCUUCCUCCAGGUCUCCCACGCUGGUGCAGGGGCCCAAGCACUUCUGCCAUCCUUUACUGCUUUUCUAGGCACAUUAGCAGGGAGCUGGAUUGGAAGUGGUGCAUCCAGGACUUGAACUGGUGCCCAUAUGGGAUUCUGGCACUACAGGCUAGGGCUUUAACCUGCUGCACCACAGCACUAGCCCACCCUGCACACUUUCUGACAAAGAGCAUUUGAUCUCCCCUUCGCCUGUUGGGCUACAACCACAGUUAGUUACAGUUCUCAGCAGAGUACUCAAAGACUUCUCUCCUGCCCUGUGAAAGGCAGAGGCUGAGAUGGACAAACACAUAGCAUGAUUAACUAUGCAGAUUAACAGCAGAUUAACAGCAGAUCACAGUGUAAAAACUUGUCAGUUCUUCAGUGUGAUACAUCAUUAUUUUUUUAGGUGCAGGCCAUGAAGGCUUUUUUUUUUUGGAGGGGAAGGGAGACAAAGGAGACAAUUUCAAAUACUGGCAAAUGUGUUACAUUCCCAUUGUGCUGGCAGUAAGUUUACAUACCAACACAUACACACAAUAAAAAGUAACUGAGUCUAAAUACUUUUAGUACUUUCCAAAAGAUUACUAGUUCUGUAUGUCUUUUACAGCUUUAUUCUUAGUUUUUAUUUCAUUUGACAGUAUAUUGCUUUUCUCAUUAAUUUCUUUGAUAUCUUCAUGAAUUUUUUCCCUCUGACUUUCCAUUUCAGCAGUUCAUUUCUACAGAUCGUAAAUGUAAUAUUGACAAAUAAGAUUCUUUUUUCUAAAUAUUUCAUUUUCCAACUUGACAAAUUCAGUAGCUAUGUUUUUUUCUCCUUCUAAGCCAUCCUUUUCCUUUUCUACUAUGUUAACUCUGUUUAACUUCUCUCCUCUGUAUUCAUUUAAUAUUUCCACUCUCUGACACAAAACUUUGAUAGGUUCAUUUAGUCACCCAUAACCAAUUGUAUCUUCUAAAUAUUCAGGCAUACCCUAGUCGUGUUCAGUUUGGCCUUUUGGCUUCAUCAUAGCAAUUUGUUCAACUUCACCCUGCAAGAUUAAAAAUCUGUUAUGGUCCAAGUCAAGAUUUCCAACAUCCUUAAAAGUCUUUCUUCCCGCUUAUGUGAUAGAAACAUUGUCUCUGUAGGGCGUUCUGGAUAUAUAAAAUUACUGUUAGGAAUGACUUCAUCAUCAUCUCCUUCCUUAUCAGUUAUCUUUUGAAAAUGAACUUCUACAGUACCAUUCUGAAUAUCCUUGUGUUCAUCAGAAUUAUGUACUAGUACUGAGAGUUUUUUAGAUCUUAUUUUUUGGCUUGAUAACCAAAUACAAAAAGCAUAGAAUAAAUAACAUUGGAUUUGCCACUGCCAUUUGGCCCAGUAAUACAGGAAAAGUGUUUAUGAAAAGGUCCCAGGAUUCUUUCCCCAGCAUAAGAUUUGAAGUUCUGGUUUACAAUAUGAGUUCUCAUAAGCUGUGGUGCUCCAGAUAUAUCUUAAUUAAUAUUUGCACAUAAUCAGAGUUCCUUGCAUACAUCAACCUGUGCAGCCUCUUGAUUUGUUUUAGGAAAAAACCUAUUGUUUCACUAAAGAUCAUGAUGCCUUAGAAAUAUAGUAGGAGCACAAUUUAAUAAAGCAUAUUUUAGAGAAAUUUGAUAUGCAGAACUAGAAACUAUUAUAUUGUAACUCAUUGUCUCCAUGAGCUAUGCCUUAUGUAAUGUGAUUUUCACAACUUACAACUCCCAUCAUUAUUUACUAAGUCACUGGAUUUCUUAGUUUGCCAUUUUCUUUUCAGCUUCAAUUUGGGUGCUUGAUUUCCAUUCUCUUAAGUUUCCUGCCCUUAUGAGUCUCAGUGUUCUGUUUCUUCAACCCAGAUAUUCCAGCUGACAGUAUUUGUCUCUAAUAGAAUUUUCCCAGAAUAGGCAAAAUCAAGAUCAGAUCCAUGAGCUUCUCUCUAAUUUUAAUAUGAGAAAAAAAAAUGUCUUUCCAAGACAUGGCACCACUUAGAAGUGUGCUUCCAGAUAGUUAGGGGUCUUUUCUUGACAGGUGAUUGUUCCUAUCCAGAUUCUUCUGCACACAAAACUUUGUAGAGUCAUUGUGGUAGACAGAAUUAUUCCACACUGUGCAACCACAAGAGAAGAUCACUGCUAAUAUAGACGAUGGGUCAUGUUUCUCAAAUACUGCUCUCACAGCUUUGGUAGAGAUAAUCAUUUGAUCCUGAAAUAAACAGUUCACUGAAGUUCUCUCUUUUUUUUUUUUUUAAGAUUUAAAGUCAGAGUUACACAGAGAGAGGAGAGGCAGAGAGAGAGAGAGAGAGAGAGAGAGGUCUUCCAUUCGAUGGUUCACUCCCCAGUUGGCCACAAUGGCAGGAGCUGCACCAAUCAGGAGCCAGGAGCUUCUUCUGGGUCUCCCACACGGGGCAGGGGCCCAAGGACUUGGACCAUCUUCCACUGCUUUCCCAGGCCAUAGCAGAGAACUGGAUCAGAAGUGGAGCAGCCAGGUCUUGAACCAGCACCCAUAUGGGAUGCCAGCACUUCAGGCCAGGGCAUUAACCCACUGUGCCGCAGCGCUGGCCCCUUAAUUUAUUUUCUUUUUUAUACAUUUGUAUGAAUUGGUUCACUAUAAGGAAUAAUAUGUUCUUACAGAAUUUGAGCCCUUUUGAAAUAAGAUUUUAGGAAAUUUUUCUGUUGAUUACCUUGUAGAUGGUAAAUCUAAUGUUACAGAAUGUGUUACUAGAUAUAUGAUUAGUUAACUAAAUCCAGUUUGUCUUUGAACUCAGCUUAGCUCCUGGGCGUUAGUUGUAAAUGAGCAGUGAUACCUUAUUCUUUGCUGGGGUGAGGGAAGGUAAGUCUGAUAUCCAAGUAAUUGAUGAAGCGUAUUAUCUCUGUAGCCAAAAUACCAUUUGCAAACCCUAACUCCAGAUCUGUCUUGUGAAUCUUGUUGAUCAGAACUUUGGAUUAUUUCACAGAUCCCCACCAGGUAUAUUGUUUGUGAUGUUAGUGGGAACACACAAUUUGGAGAGGAGAAAUUGUCAUGGGAGUGCCAUGGUAUCAAAUUCUGUGCAUUCACUCAGGCCAGGCAGUCAUUGAAUUCUUGUUCCCAAAGGGUUUAACCUACUUUUGGAUCAUAUUGUGAGGACCAACCAACAUUUUGUGAUUUUUGGAGACUUUCCCAGUUAAAUCUAUGAGAGGCAAUUUAAAUAAUGCAAGUAUAUUCUGUAAUAACACAAAAUUGAAACAUGCCAAUAUGUCACCUUUCCACUGAGAAGAUACUGUAUACUUGGAAAGCUUAUACUUCUCUGAAUAUGUGUUAUUCAAUAAGCCAUAUCACGGUUUAAGAAAUUGUAUAUACUUUUUCAUGUGCCCCUUCAGAAACCAGGUAUUUUGCAUAUGAUUGAUUUUAGAAAGAUUUUGAAGCUGGGGUUUGUCCAUGUAAUUAAGAUCAAAGUAUAUGUAUAUGUAUUGAAUUUGCAAUUUUCAAAUUGUAAUUUCCUAUACAUUUAUUAAAUAAAGUAUUGUCA